CAAACUGUGAUGCAAAAAUGACAUGUGGCUUGAAAGUAGACACCUCUGAUCCUGGAUGGUACAAAUCCAUGACGAAAAUUCUCAGGAAAAUCAAGGGUGCAUCAUACAACAUAAAUGUAGAGGAAGGGAUGGCGUAUAUUACAGGAAAAGCAAAUCCGAGUAAACUUCUGAAGAAGCUCAGGUCAGAAAAAUAUGCAGACCUCUGUUGGGUCAUGACUGGAAACAGAAUCACUUAUGGCAAUGGCAGUGCUUAUUGUCAACCAAUGGAGCCCCCUUCAAGUUACUGGCACAACCACCAUCCUGUGCCUUUGCAUCAUCAUAAUUUCUAUCCUCAAAGGCCUCCAAUGGUGCCUUAUUCAUACCAUGAUUUUCAAAACUACGGCUACUGGGACAGAAUUUCUUACUAGCUAGAGUUCUUUUAGGGGGGAAAAAAAUAAAAUAAAUAAUCUAUUAGACGACUAUCUCCUCUUAAAAGAUGAGAUUAAAAGCUUUUAUUUUCGCUUUAUUUUAAAUAUAUUUUUAGUAAGACAUUGUGUGUGCUAAUGUGCAAAUCCUUGAUUUUAGUUGGAUUUUUGUACAAGCUUUUCCGGUAGAACAAUUUAUGGAUGUUAUAUUUGAAUUUCGACUUUGUUUUUUAUUGGAAUAUAUUAAAUAAUGGAGUUAAUUUUUGGUUAAUAUA